AUGCUGGACAUGAGCGAGGCCCGCGCGCAGCCGCCCCGCAGCCCCGCCGGCGCCGCGGGCCCCAUGGCGCACGUGGAGGAUUCGGACUCGGACGCGCCGCCGUCGCCCGCGAGCUCCGAGGGCCCCAGCCGCGCGGCGGGCGCGGGCGGCAGUGCGGCGGGCACGGCGGACGAGCGUUUCCCGGCCUGCAUCCGCGACGCGGUGUCGCAGGUGCUGCGGGGCUACGACUGGAGCCUGGUGCCCCUGCCCGUUCGCGGCGGCGGCGGCGCGCUCAAGGCGAAGCCGCACGUGAAGCGGCCGAUGAACGCCUUCAUGGUGUGGGCGCAGGCGGCGCGCCGCAAGCUGGCGGACCAGUACCCGCACCUGCACAACGCGGAGCUCAGCAAGACGCUGGGCAAGCUGUGGCGGCUGCUCAGCGAGAGCGAGAAGCGCCCGUUCGUGGAGGAGGCAGAGCGGCUGCGCGUGCAGCACAAGAAGGACCACCCCGACUACAAGUACCAGCCCCGGCGCAGGAAGAGCGUCAAGAGCGGCCCCGGCGAGGCCGACGGCGGCGAGCUGGGCCCGCACGCCGGCAGCGCGCACGCCUACAAGGCUGAGGACCACACAGGGCAGACCCACGGGCCGCCCACCCCGCCCACCACCCCCAAGGCCGACCUGCAGCUGGCGGGCGCCGGGGGCCGGCCGGAGCUGAAGCCGGAAGGACGCCGCCUGGUGGACAGCGGGAGGCAGAACAUCGACUUCAGCAACGUGGACAUCUCGGAGCUGAGCAGCGAGGUCAUGGGCAACAUGGACACCUUCGACGUCCACGAGUUCGACCAGUACCUGCCGCUCAACGGCCACGCAGCCGAGCCCAGCCAGGCCAACGCCAGCCCCUACGGGGGCUCCUACACUCACCCAGGGGCGUCCCCGGCGUGGGCCCCCAAGGGAGCCCCGUCCGCGUCGGCCUCGCCCACUGAGGGUGGCCCGGCUCGGCCGCACAUCAAGACGGAGCAGCUGAGCCCCAGCCACUACAGCGAGCAGCCCCACGGCUCGCCCGGCCGUGCCGACUUUGGCGCCUAUGGCACGCAGGCCUCCCCUGCUGCUGCCGGCUCCUUUGCCAGCGCUCCGUGUGACUACACCGACCUGCAGGCCUCGAGCUAUUACGGCCCCUACCCUGGCUACACGUCCGGCCUGUACCAGUACCCCCACUUCCAGGCGUCGCGGCGGCCGUAUGCCUCGCCGCUGCUCAAUGGGCUGCCCGUGCCACCUGCGCACAGCCCUGCCAGUAACUGGGACCAACCGGUCUACACUACCCUGACCCGGCCCUGA